UAACUUGAGGACAUCCAGUCUGUCUCACUAGUCUCACAAUGCUUUACAAUGCUUUAUUAUCACUAACAGCAUUUAUGUUUUGUCUUAGUCUUUUCCUGGUGCACAGAGCCAGUGUUUUAGAAAAAGAUUUUCGCAAACUCCAAGGGGACAUAAUUCUACAAUUAAAUCAGCCACGUUCUGAGGGAGUCAAUGGGAAAAUGGCCAAGAUGUCUAAAACAAGGGAGGACAUAAAGUCAAGUACUUUGCAGAAAGCUCAGAGUUCUCUGAAGAUCUCUUCCAGGAGAGUAAAACGGGAACAGGGCAGCUGCAGAGCUCCAACAUCAUUCCUGCAGUUAACAGCUAACAGUAACAAACACCCGGACAUUAGAGGAAAUAUAACAGUGAUCCCUUGGACUGUUUCUGCACAGCAAGGAAAUGCAAUUUCACAAAAGGAAAACAGAAUUGUUGUCCAAGAAGACGGUUAUUACUUGGUGUUUGGACAAGUUUGGUUCAAAAGCCCGGGCACAGUUAUGGGUCAUAUCAUUCGAAGAUGGAGUUCCACGAAAACAGGAACGGCAUCGACAGAGUUCUUACGUUGCCUGCAAGAAAUGUCUGAUGAAAGUCUUGAAAAUACGUGCUACACUGCAGGCAUAGUGCAGUUGCAUCAGGACGAUGAGCUAGAAUUGGUGAUACCAGACAGGCCCCAAGCCCUCAUCUCCAUGGACGCAGACUCAACCUUUUUUGGUGUCAUACAGCUGAACUGAAACAAGACAGUAUGAAGAUGAUAAUUAUGCAGCUCGCUGUCGCAGGAUGUAGAAAAACCGACAGUGAGCUGCGUGAGGGGAUGCUGAUAAAGGACAGAGUGACAGCGGCAGGAUAACUGCUGGGAGCCGUCAUUAAUCUCAGGAAAGUUACAUAAUGAACUUUUUAAAUGAACUGUCUCAUCUGUCAGCUACUUUAAAAAAAAAAAAGCUUCAGCUCUAUUUUCAGGUAGUCCACCUGGGCUUGUCCUCUAGCAUUGUUUAUGUGUGCUACCACCUCCUUUCAUCGGUCUAUUUUAGUCUCUCUCAUGCUGGGGGCUUCCCUCCAGCUCCAUCUCUGCGCUGUCUGUUUAUUUGUUCCUCUCAUCUAUUUUAGAAUGGUUUCCGCUUUCCUGAGACUAUGUCAGGAACAAACAAAGGUAUAAAUUUAUAUCGCUCGCUAGGUGUUUUCCUGGCUGACAAACUCUUUAAUGCUCUAAAUAUUUUCAUAUAUCAUUAUCAAGUUGUUAUGAAUUAAAUAAUAUGCCUUUGUACAAAUUAAUUCUGCUCAUAAUUAAUUGGAAUUUAUACAUCUGUAUAAUUGGUUGCAUUAAACACAUAAAUAUGA